AUGCAGAUUAAAAGAGUAGGAGGAAAAGAGGCACUGGGCUUAUUUUUUACUGUUGCUUCCAGUAUAUGGCUGUGUAGAAAUAAAAAGCAUUAUGAAGUUGUAAGUUUGAACAUGAGCUCUACAAUCGAACAUGCUAUUUCGAUGCUACAUUUGUUUAAAGGGGUCAAAACUCAAUCGGGCUCUACUUUAAACAGCUUCUGUGCGUGGAAAGCUCCUUCAGCAGAUUUCUUGAAGCUGAAUGUAGAUAGAGCGACCUUUCAUCACCUUCACAAAGCUGGGAUUGGUGCUGCUCUACGAGACCAAGUAGGAAAAGUGUUAAUGGCUGCCUCAAAAGAAGAAAAGGAAAGUGGCUAA